AGCUCUGGCCCUGAACUGCAGUGCGCCGAUUAACGAUAAAGAGGGUGCCGAAGCCAAGGAUUGGCGAGCUGGGAAACCAGUUCGAGUGGUGCGGAACAUGAAGGGAGGCCGAUACAGCAAAUAUGCCCCCACAGAUGGAAAUCGUUACGAUGGGAUCUAUAAGGUAGUUAAAUAUUGGCCCGAAACAGGGAAAUCUGGCUUCUUGGUUUGGCGUUACAUGCUCAGGAGAGACGAUGAAGAGCCAGCCCCUUGGACCAGAGAAGGCAAAGAGAGGAUGAAGAAACUUGGCCUGACCAUGCAGUAUCCCGAAGGGUACCUGGAAGCGGUUGCAAACAAAGAUAAAGAAAACAGCAAGAAAAUAGAAGAAGAAUCCCCAGUUCAAGGGAAGAGGAAAAGGAAAUCCGGAAACGAUUCGGACCUUUGUGCCUCUCCUGCCACGACCCCAAAGAAAACUAAAGUUGAAGUCUACAAACUCACUCCCCAGCAGAAGGCUCUCAUCAAAGACGAUGAAGCCAACACCAAGUUGUGGAAUGAAGCACUAGAUGCCCUUAAGGAAGGACCGAAAUUCCUGAGCAAAGUGGAGGAAACCUUUCUGUGCAUCUGCUGCCAAGAGGUGGUUUUCCGACCAAUCACCACGGUGUGCCAGCACAACGUAUGUAAGGAUUGCCUGGAUCGAUCUUUUCGAGCCAAAGUCUACAGCUGUCCAGCCUGCCGCUACGAUCUCGGCAAAAACUAUACGAUGGAAGUCAACCAACCCCUGCAGGAUCUUCUCGUUCAGCUCUUCCCGGGUUACGGCAACGGACGGUGAUUCUGUAAAGCACUUCUCAUUUCCGUUUUUGGAGUUUAGUUCUGUUUUUGUCUUGCCCCUUCGGGAAAAAAAAAAACGUGUGUGAUUUUGGUGGGGUUUUAUUUAAAUAAAUAACCUUUUGGAAAAACUUCUGUCUCCGUUCCCCCUUCCCAGCCCCCCCUCCAAAAAAAAAAAGCUAAGAUUGAGGAACUUGCUUUUAUAAAUAUAUAUAUAUUAUUUUGGUAGCAUUUCCAAUUAACAUAUAUACAGAUCAGAGCAUAGGUCGAAGGGAACCUUACAUUGCUUGUCAGAAACCUGCUAUUAAAUUGGAGCGAAGCCAUUCUCUCACGAAUCAAAUCUUGUAUGUAGCUCAAUUGCUAGAACAAUCUUCUGAAGCAAUGGAUCCAGGGCCAUAAGUUUGAAGUGUUUUAGCUGUUUUUAAGGCAGCAUUUUUGGUGUGCUUCUGUGUAAUGCGGCUUGGGCUUCAGCGUUUUCCCUCGGUUGUGUCGAGACUCCAUUGUUUUAUUUGUGUGUAUUGUUUAUUUUUGUUUUUAAAAGCAACAGUUCUUCCUUAUCAACCGUUUGUCUUAAGAGCCUUUAUGCAAAACGGCUACCUCUGCCUUUGUAUCUGCCAGCCAGGUGCUGCUUCCUAAUUUUUGUGGUGUCUUAUGGGAACAUAUAAAAGCCAUUGAAAAGGACAAUUUAACAGUCCUCUUUGCUGAUCAGACUGAUCUCUGAACCCUUUAAAAAAAAAAAACACCGAACUCCAAGCUGCCAGAGGAAAGUUUUGUUCUUGGAAUGAUCAACUGUAAUAUUAUCAUUCUGUAUCGUUAGUUUUAGAUGAUCAUCUUGCAGUCCGCAUGCGUGUUUCUUAACCUGCUAAUUCUGAAUUUUCUAGUUUUGCUUAGGAUGGGAAACUAGAUAUGUAACUAGUUUUUGAAUGGAAAAUCUUGACUAUAUAUUCAGCGGUCAGUUGUUUCUCACCUCAACAGUCUCAAUACUCUACAGUGAAUACCUCAACAUAAUAAAUAAACCAGGGUUGCUAAAUAAAUCACUCUUCACGCUAAACAGACUGGAACAAAUGUACUUGUUUUUUUUGCAUUUUUAUAAAUCUGUAAUAAUGUUCAGAAGCAAGCAACUUUUUUUACCUUUCUGAAUUAUGCUAAUUUUGUACAAACAGAAGUUCUCAAAAUAAAAUACAUUUCCUAUCAAAAA